UUCUACCGGCUGGAAAGCUGAUAUUCACCGUUUUGUGACAUUAUAAAGAUGAUCAAAUAUUUGGAGAAGAUAAAAAUGGUCACAACGCUCCCCUAUGUCGGGCACUGACCGAUUCAACAGCGGAUUACAGAAAAACAGCCUCAGUUGCCGAAGUGCUCUUCCAUCACGACAACGCUACGCCGUCACUAUGGUUAAAUUGGUCGAAAGCGAACUGCUGCCCCGUCCACUGUAUGCUCCAGAUUUGUCCCAGUGCGAAUUCAUGCUACUAAGAUUUACUUUGCGGACCUCCAGAACACGUAUUUGUCAGACGGGCUAAAGAAGAGCGCUGGAUCAGAAGUAUCGAACGUAGAUUCUGUUGAGAUGCAAUCGUUAUUUGUGUUUUUUCUAUAGAUCAAGUAUUUAUCGCAUCGUAUUCGUAUUAUAUUUUGUCGUUUAUUGUUGCACAUGUUUGACUCGCAAACAAUGGCAUUUUCUUUUAUGAGUAACUAUUUACGCUUAUAUCCGCUAGCACUUCCAAGUUUGCAACUCAUUAAUCGCUAAGGUCUCCAUUGCCAUUCCAACCAUCGGCAGCUAAAUACGUAAUCGCUCAACAAACGCUCGCCGUCGAAUGCUCUGAAGUUUUCAUUGAACCGCCAAAGUGCGCGGACGUUUCAUACUCAUAUAUCGCGCGUCGUGGUCGGUUGGCCGCACGGUUGGAGUGUGCGCAGCAAAGUACCUAUAGAAGCGUAAAUCAGUUUUAAACAUUUCUGCUGUUAAAUUAGAAAAGCACUUACCGUUGUUUAUAUGUUAUCGCUAAAUAUUAUUGAAAGCACGUGUGAAAAUCGAUUUAAAGAUAAACUUUGCCUCAUUUCGCUGUUCGAUUUUGUUUUAGUGUGAGCGUUGUUUAUAAAAGCGUGUGAAAACACUUACAAAAAAGCUAAUUCGCUCCCAGAUUAACUGACAAGGUGACUAAUGUCGCCGGUGUACUCGCGAAGACGCAACAAAAAACGUUGCAGUGGAAUUAACAAUUAAAAAAUUGAAUCGAAAAAUGGGCGCAGAAUUCAUUGCUUUCCGCUGUGUGCAUAAUUAAUUAAUACAAUAUUUACAAUAACAUUAAUAACAACAAUAAUAAAAUAAUAAUAAUAAUAAAGCAUAUCAUGCCUUGUGCUAUCACCGGCUGAUAGCGAUCGUGUAUGUGUGUAUGCAUAUAAGGGUAUUUUUGUGUAUGUGUGUAUAUGUAUGUGGAGUAAUAAAAAGCCGAAUUUAGUUAUCAUAUCAACGAUAAAUUGAACAAGUAAAUAUUGGCUAUAGUAAAGAAUUAACUGGAACUCAUGCGUUUGCAGAUAUAUUUAUAUCCACUACAAUAACAAUAACAGCCAGUCUUCGCAAUUGCAUGGUUUAUUGUGGGUGGCGCGAGUGGCUUUAACCAGUGCGUGUGCAGCUAGUGCUUUUGGAGCAGAUCAGUGAAUUUUGGUGCCGCAUUCGGUGUUGGAUUUAUUUGCUAUAAGAUGAACAAUGAUAAUUUUGGCUUUCCCUCGCAUAGCGAACGGCUCCUGCAGGCGCAGAAUCGACGUAAAUUCAGUUUUCCCGCUACCUUAAGCUCAGCUUCUCUAUUGGAGGUGAAUCAGAAUAUAACACGUCGACGCUUUAGCAAUGUGAGUGAUGUUGUCACGAGAAAAUUGUCCUACACGAUCGGCUGGAAGGCAACGCAAAUACCCACACAAGAUAUCAUAUCACAGGGACGUUGUAUAUGCGGUCAGUACAUACGAAGACGUCUGCGUCGUUCUGGAUUGUUCAAUAAAAAGUUGGGCUUUCAACGCAUACGCAGUAUACUCGGCACUUCGUCGAUGGAGAUAGUACGAGAGGUAUUCCCAGCUGUGAUGGUGCUCGGCGACGAGUUAGAGCGCAUGCACCCGCGUAUCUACACAGGUGUUGCAAGACAAAUUUGUCGCGCUCCAGGCGGUGAAUUUCAUUCAGCCGAAACGAUUACAUUGCUUUUAGGUGCCGUAGGUCGUGAUCUGUUCCGUUCUGAAAUCACAUGGAGUAAAGUUAUAUCCCUAUUUGCUAUUGCCGGUGGACUGUCGGUAGAUUUCGUGCGCCAAGGUCAUCCCGAAUAUGUACCAAAAUUGGUAGAUGGUGUGUCGGAGGUGAUUGAAGAUGAAUUAGUAUCGUGGAUUAAUGAAAAUGGCGGUUGGCUUGGCCUCAACACACACGUAUUGCCGGUGACAAGUAAUUUUAGCCCCUUGGAAUGGACGACCAUCAUUAUCGGCUGCAUUUUCGGUUUAUUUGUCUUAUAUAUGCUAUUAAGAUUCAUAUUUUUCUAUAUAGUUCCAAAAGUGUAUCACCGUCUGACAUCAUAGCUAAGUUGUAGCUAAGUAAUUUCCUAUUUUUAUGUAUGAGUAUGUGCCCAUAUUUCACUAAUUUAGUUUUAAUUAUACUAAACUAUUAUAAAAUUGUAAUUUAGCAAGAGAUAAAUAAAUUUAAUUAUUUGUUUUUUAUAUUAUAUUUAACGUUAUAAAUGACUUUUUUAAUGGUAUAAAAUGUUAACAAAUAAAAUAUGUAUAUAUUCCCAC